AUGAUGGCGACCCUUCAGACCGAUCAGCUCAAGCAGCUUAAGGACAUCUUCAUGCGCUUCGACAUGGAUUCCGAUGGCAGCCUUACGCAGCUAGAGCUCGCUGCGCUUCUACGUUCUCUUGGCCUCAAACCUACAGGUGAUCAACUUCAUGGUUUGUUAUCAAACAUGGAUGCUAAUGGCAACGGUUAUGUUGAAUUUGAUGAAUUGGUUAGUGCUAUAUUGCCCGAUAUGAAUGAAGAAGUCUUGAUCAACCAGGAGCAAUUGUUGGAGGUUUUUCGGUCAUUUGACAGGGAUGGCAAUGGAUUCAUUACUGCAGCUGAGCUUGCUGGAUCAAUGGCUAAAAUGGGACACCCUUUGACUUAUCGCGAGCUAUCAGAUAUGAUGAGAGAGGCUGACACAAAUGGAGAUGGUGUUUUGAGUUUUAAUGAGUUCGCGAACAUCCUGGCUAAAUCUGCUGCUGAUUUUCUUGGCAUGAAAGUUCCAUAG